UUACGGGUAAUGAUAGCCUUUUCAGAUUAUUGAAGAUUACUUAGUCCAGGCAAUGCUACUAUGCUAUCAGGUGUAAAAUAACCGCGCCUCAUAGUUUCGACCGUGGCUCUGGUUCAACUUCGACAUCUCGUUCUCGAUAGCGUCCUCGUCUCAAAUUUCUACCCCCUCAGCAUGAUUGCUACUAACCUUGAGCACCCGUUAACCGCCCAGAAGACGGCUGUGUACCUACAGAAGGCGUGUUUACAACACCAGUAUAUUCGCUCACGCGAUACUUCCUGCAUAGUCGAGCGGCCCGAACGACUACGCGCGGUCAAUAUCGGCCUCGCGGCUGCCGUCUCUCGUUUGGAAGAAUGUACUCCUGUCUCAAACGCCCGUAGUGCAGCACAACAAACCGGCGAACCAGCGAGCGCAGACGACUUGGCCGCUGCUCUUGGACAACUCAAUAUUGCAUCUUCGUCGCGUCCUAAAGACCCUCAAGACCCUAUUGAGUUCGUGCACAGUAGCGCGAAAGUGGACUUGCUGCACAACGCGGCGGUGAAGUUCAUCCAUGGAGAUAUCGAAGGCGACGUGUAUCUUGAGAAUCUCAAGCGAUGGUCACAAGAGAGCCAUGAGAAGGUGUCAAAGGGUGAAAGCGAGAUUCCCGCAACGCUUGCACAGGGAGACCUGUACUUAUGUCCUGAAUCAAUAGACGCAAUUCAAGGCGCAUUGGGUACUGUGUGUGAAGCUGUUGAUGCCGUGGUAGCUUCCACGCGGCGUGCAGCGGCACCAGAUCCCGACAAAGCGAAUACGCCGCGCGCGUUUGUCGCAGUACGACCUCCAGGACAUCACUGUGGAGAGGAUACCCCAUCUGGAUUCUGUUUCGUCAAUAAUGUUGGUGUUGCAGCAGCCCACGGGAAGCUGAACAAGCUCCUAGCCCACCUACAGCACGGAAUUAAUCGUGUCGUCGUCUUCGACAUAGACCUGCAUCAUGGAAACGGCACACAGUCGAUUGCAUGGCAAAUCAAUGAGGAAACGUACAGGAAAACCAUCGAGGAAAUGCAUGGUGCGCCUGCGGGCAAGCCUGGUCUGCGAAUGUUUUAUGGCAGCAUCCAUGACGUGCUCUCCUAUCCAUGCGAGGACGGCAAGCCUGAGUUAGUACAAGCAGCCUCAGUUUCGAUCCAUGGUCCGCACGGCCAACACAUCGAGAACAUACACCUCCAACCCUAUGAGUCUGAACAGCAAUUUUGGGAUGAAUUGUACGAUGGAUUAUAUGUGAAAUUACGCGAGAGGGCAAGUGCGUUUCUGGAAGGUACUGGGGGUGCAGGAGACGACGUCUUGGUCUUCAUCAGCUGCGGUUUCGACGCGAGUGAGCAUGAGUAUCCGUCAAUGUCGCGACAUGGGCGACAUGUACCGACCUCAUUUUACAAGCGCUUCGCCCAAGACACGAUCAAGUUCGCUGAAAGAUUCUCUGGCGGGCGACUGAUCAGUGUCCUGGAGGGUGGGUACAGCGACAGGGCGCUGACAAGCGGAGCGAUGGCCCACUUGAUUGGCCUCGUCGACCCUGUCGGUGUAGAUGAAAGCUGGUGGAGUCUCAACAAUCUGACUGAGCUGGAAAAAGCGACGAAGAAGAGACGGGGAGGUAGAGUAUCUCAGCCGAGCGCCCCGGCGCCCUGGAUCGGUCGUACAUUGGAGGUCUUUGCAUCUAUCGACUCGUCCCACACGGUCGCACCAACUACGUCUUCGCGCGCAUCCGUUCCGCUAUCAUCUCGCACACUCCGUGAGCGGAAGAACCCACCUGUUAAGAGCGCAGAUUCCGAUCCGGAGGUGUCGCCGCACAAGAGUGGCACGGACAAAAGGACGAAUUUUGCGAAAGAUCGGAAGAAGAACGGUCCUGGGAAGGCAUCAUCGCCCGAGUCCACUACCCUGGUUGAAAGCUCCGACGGAAGCUCGUUCUCGUCUCUUUCAGAUAUCCCUGAAGAGGGAGUGCAGCCGAAGAAGCUGCCUCGCGUCAUAUUGCGUCUCGGGUCUGCGCCCAAGGCAUGA